GCGACUUGUGUUUCACAUCCUGCUUUGUGUUGCGGCAGGCUGUUUGUUUGUGCAGUAUCAGGUCGUGUCACGGCGAUGAACGGCGAUGUGACCGAAGCGACUUUCUUCACCCGAAGACAGGCAGCAUAUGGCGAUAAACAGCAGGGAUGAGGACAUUGUGAAAGUCCAGUGUGGAGCACAGAGGAGCAGGAGGCCACAGAGGAGGGGGCCCAGCCACUCUCACAGCUCAGCUAGGGCCUCUGCCACAUAGAUGGAGCGGCUCCACUGGGUGCAGCAUCGUUGUCGGCAGCUGCUGGCGGGAAACUCAGGCAGAGGCUGGUACUCUGCCCCCGAUGGCCUGCCCAACAAAGCUUCCCUGGAGGCCCACAGCUCUCCACAGAGAGCCAGUGGGAAGCGAAGAACUGUUUUUGCCCGCCAUGGGCCCCACCAAGAGGAGUACGAAGCAGUCUCCAAAGGCUACAAGGGCAACGCCAUCCGCACUACCAAGUACAGCUUGUUGACUUUCAUCCCGAUGAACCUCUUCCAGCAAUUCCACAGGGCUGCCAACCUCUACUUCCUGUUCCUGGUGUUACUGAACUGGGUGCCAGUUGUUGAAGCCUUUCAAAAGGAAAUUACCAUGAUUCCUCUGCUUGUGGUUCUCAUUGUUAUUGCCAUCAAAGAUGCCCUGGAAGACUACAGACGCUACUUGUUCGACAAGAAGGUCAACAACAAUCUAGUGCGAGUGUUCUGUGGCAAGCAGAAAACCUACAUUGACCAGUGCUGGAAGGAUGUGCGAGUUGGAGACUUUGUCCGUCUGUCCUGUAAUGAAAUCAUCCCAGCUGACAUGCUGCUGCUGUAUUCCUCUGACCCUCGUGGGGUUUGUUAUAUCGAAACCGCAAACUUGGAUGGAGAGACCAACCUGAAACAGAGACAGGUGGUUUCAGACCUCCCACUGCAAGGAGUAGAGUUUAACCUCGAGAACUUCCAUAGUCGUAUUGAGUGUGAGAAUCCCAACAAUGACCUCAGCAGGUUCAGAGGUUACAUGGAGCACCCCAGUGGGGUUCGUGUUGGCCUCCACAAUGGCAACCUCCUGUUGAGGAGCUGCACCAUCCGCAACACUGAGACCGUGGUGGGCAUUGUGGUCUAUGCUGGUCAUGAGACUAAAGCCAUGAUGAACAACAGCGGGCCAAGGUAUAAGCGCAGCCAGCUGGAGAAGCGUCUGAACACAGACAUCCUGUGGUGUGUGCUGCUGCUUAUCAUCAUGUGCCUGACAGCUGCUAUAGGUCACGGCCUCUGGCUGAAGAACCUCAAAGAUCCUAUCUUUCUGGUUGAUAAGGAGACAUCUCCUGCCCUAGCUGGAUUCUAUGUCUUCUGGACAAUGAUCAUUGUGUUGCAGGUGCUGAUCCCCAUUUCUCUGUACGUGUCCAUUGAGAUUGUGAAACUGGGCCAGAUUUACUUCAUCAACAAUGACUUAGCCCUCUACAACAAGCAGCUGGACUCCAGGAUUCAGUGUCGGGCCCUUAACAUCACUGAAGACCUGGGUCAGAUCCAGUACCUGUUCUCUGAUAAGACAGGAACUCUGACAGAGAACAAGAUGGUGUUCCGCCGCUGCAGUAUCUUUGGAGUUGAAUAUCCUCAUGAGGAAAAUGGUCGGAGGCUGGAGGUGUACGAGGCAGAGAAAAGUGAGGCAGCCGGUCGCUCUGUGACUCUGAAGUCGGGCUGCAGCGGUAAAUCUCUAAGCUGUCGCUCUCUCAGCUGCAAACACAGCUCAGUGUCUCUGCACACACUCACCGCUGAGUCGGAGGAGGAGGAAGAACAUCUGUCCAGUCACAUGCAGCCCAGGACCAGUGCCUUCUGCAGCCGCGUGGCGAGGGAAGUGAUGCCGGACCCCGAGCUGGUGAGGAAGUUGAACUGGCUCUGCUCUCCUGUGCUGGCUCUGAGUGACGGCUCCUCUGGGACUUCAUCCAGCCUGGAGCUCACCUACAUCACUGACUUCUUCCUUGCUCUGGCCAUCUGCAAUAGCGUGGUGGUCUCCUCACCCAGCCAGCCUCGACACGUGGUGCCUGAGGCACGAACACCUCUCAAGUCCCUGGAGGACAUCAAGCUGAUGUUCCAGCGCCUCAGCUUCUCUCCUUUCUCAGCCCUCUCCACCCUGUCUCCUCCCCUGAUCAAAGGCAGCCCUCGCAGCUUCACCAGCAGGCUGUUUGCCCGGGGGAAGACCGGCUCCUUAACCUUCUCCACGCCCACUAACAGCACCACAGAGGGCUCAGAAGCAGGCCAGGAAAGCAACAUGGAAAACUCCAACCUGAGGCGUAAAAUGGAGUUACCUUCUGGAGUGGAAGGAGGAGAUGCUGGACAGACAGAGGACAGGGAGACAAUGGACGAUAUCAAGGAUACAAAGGCAAACCCUGGCGGGUCCAGGCAGGAUGUGGAGGACAUUAUAAGAGAAGUGGACAGUGAGAGCGACACUGACGACGAACUUCUGUACGAGGCGGAGAGUCCGGAUGAGGCAGCUCUGGUCCAUGCAGCCCAGGCGUACCGCUGCACCCUGAGGGGACGUUCUGCAGAGAGCCUGCUGGUGGAUCUGCCAGGACUUGGCUCUCUCGCUGUCCAGCUCCUUCACAUCCUGCCCUUUGACUCUAACAGGAAGAAGAUGUCAGUGGUGGUCCGCCACCCACUCACAGGACAGGUGGUAGUUUAUACCAAGGGUGCUGACUCUGCCAUCAUGGAUCUGACUGAGACACCUAAAGGCUCAGGUGCAGAGCAAGCUCAGGAAAUCUACAGUCACAUCAGAGAGCAAACCCAAAAACAUUUGGACAGCUACGCCAGAGAAGGCCUCCGCACACUCUGCAUCGCUAAAAAGGUUCUGGAGGAGGAGGAGUAUGAGGUGUGGCUGAAGAGACAGCUGCUGGCAGAGAGCAGCAUAGAGAACAGAGAAGAGCUGCUGUUGGAGUCAGCUGAGAGACUGGAGACCAACCUCACCCUGCUGGGCACCACAGGGAUUGUAGACAGACUGCAGGAGGAGGUCCCAGAGACCAUUGAAGCUCUUCAGAAGGCUGGCAUCAAAGUAUGGAUCCUCACAGGAGACAAAAAAGAGACGGCCAUCAACAUCGCCUAUGCCUGCAAACUGCUUUGUCCAGAUGAUCAGCUGCUGACAGCCAACUGUGGAAGCAAGGAUGCGUGUGCAGCUAUACUUGAGGAGCUCAAACUGGAAGUGCAGCGGGGUGAGAACAGUUUGACUGAACUGACUGCAGCAGGGAAUCCUCAUGGGGAAUCCUCCUCCAGCAGUGUGGGAGGCUUCAUCCUAGUUAUAGAUGGCCGGACGCUGGACUGGGCCCUGCAGGAGGAGCUGAAGAGCGACUUCCUGGAGCUGAGCUGUAGAUGCAAGGCAGUCAUCUGCUGCAGGUCCACUCCGCUGCAGAAGAGCCAGGUGGUCAGGCUGAUCCGGGACCAGCUUGGCGUCAUGACCCUGGCUGUGGGUGAUGGAGCCAAUGAUGUGAGCAUGAUUCAGGUGGCUGAUGUGGGCAUCGGGAUAUCUGGUCAGGAGGGCAUGCAGGCUGUGAUGUCCAGUGACUUUGCGAUCUCCAGGUUUAAACACCUCAGUAGACUGCUGCUGGUCCAUGGCCACUGGUGUUACUCUCGUCUUGCAAACAUGAUCCUCUACUUCAUCUACAAGAAUGUGAUGUAUGUGAAUCUGCUGUUCUGGUAUCAGUUCUUCUGUGGUUUCUCUGGGAGCGUCAUGACCAACGCCUGGGUGCUCAUCCUCUUCAACCUGCUCUUCACCUCUGUUCCUCCUCUCAUCUAUGGCGUCCUGGACCAGGACACGCCAGUAGACACUCUGAUGGAGCUGCCUGAGCUCUACCAGGCUUCCCAGAGCUCUAAGGUCUAUGCUCCCUACAUCUUCUGGAUCACAAUCCUGGAUGCAUUCUACCAAAGCCUCGUCUGCUUCUUCGUGCCUUACUUUGCAUUCGCAGGAUCCAGCAUCAGUGAGCUGUCCUUUGGCUCGCCGAUCAAUGCCUCAGCUCUCCUCAUCAUCCUGCUGCACCAGGUCAUCGAGAGUCACACUCUGACGUGGAUUCAUAUGCUGGUGUUGGUGCUUAGUGGUGUUGCCUACUUUGGCUUCGUGCUGCUCUUCAGUGUGUUCUGUGUGACCUGCAGCCCCCCCACCAACCCUUUGGGGGUGGAAACACUCGAGAUGUCCCAGCCUCUUUUCUACAUCGUGUGUGCUCUCACUACAGUGAUGGCUCUGUUACCCAGGCUGUUGUUUCAAGCUCUGUACAACUCCUUACACCCCUCUGCUGUUCUGAAGUCGGCUCACAUGGACAAAGCAGAUUCAGAGAAGUACCGCAAGAGAAUGCAGCGCUGGAACCUGAGCCAGUCUAGAGUCAACAGGCUGCCUGUGUGUGCUGACAACCCCGGCCUGGAGCCCAGCACAGCCUCAGUGGUGUCCUGACCUUCCUCUACACACACACACACACACACACACACACACACACACACACACACACACAUACAUAGGCAAAGUGCUGCAUAGCCCUGGAGCAGUCAGACUCGUGACGUGGCCAGGGAAACAAUGGCCUGACAGUUCUAAGACUGUUGAUGUUGACAUGCUGGAUUCAAAUCGGUGGUGCUGGAAAAGGCCAUGUAUGGAUGUUGCACUACUCCACUGCUCUGCUGAAAGACUGCUCAUUUUGCUACAUAUCAUCAGCCAAAGAGACUGAUUCACUGUAAGCAAAAGCAUGUUUUGAUACGGCAUGUUCUUCUCACUGAGUGAAUCAGAAUGAUGAGUAUCUGUUUAAUAUCUCAUCAAACUUUUACAGGAACAGAAGCUGUGAAACAUGACCAUCAUGUCAAAUAUGCAGAGACAUUAAUAUUUCUAGGAGCUGUAUGCAUCAUUCAAACACCAGGAAAUCAUCAGCUUAUUAAUCCGCUGACAUCCAUCAUGAAGGAAUGACAGCAGUCUCUACUGGUCAUCAGUGUGCACUACAGUUAACACUGGACUGAUAGGCUGCAUUCACACUGCAGGGCAAAGAGACCAAAUUAGAUUUUAUUUCCUAGGGUUUGUUGUUUGUUUUAUAUUCAUCAUGAUAUUGUAGUGCUCACUACAUGCAUGUUAGAUGAAACUGGUCAAACCGCAGUUUCGUUGGUUAACUUUCAGAGGAGCACACAGUUGUAAUGUGAGUUAUGCAUCACAGCUGUAACAAAUGAUUUAUGUGUAUUUAUUUAUUUUUUGAAAGGCAGCAGAGCCAGAAACACAGCUGACAUGUUGAAGUGAUAUUGCAACUGCAAAAUGACCAUUUGUAUAUCAGUUACUCACUGUGUGUGUAACAUUGGAUUUGUGAAGAAAGCUUUGUUUUUCUUGCAUGCCUCCAUGGAUAAAACCAAAAAAGGCAAACAUUCUUCAUGAAUUAAGUAAACCGGGUCUGCAUUUAACAACAGCAAAGCCAUAUCAAAACAUCUGUUUCCAAACUCUCCCAAAACUCAUACAGUAUAAUGCAAGUCUGCUUCAUCCCGCUAUAUGGUUAGUACUUUUCAAACACAUCCUGAACUGAUAGUAAAACUUAUGUAUGCUCUCUUCAGUGCCAUACUCCAUUAACAAAAACAGUAAUUUUACCAUGCUGAACAUGAGAACUGUGUCUACAACUGCCUCAAUCAGUUAGUUUAUGUUACUGUGUGACUUUGGUGAAUACAAACUAAUCAUUAAAGACACCAAAGUCACACAGUGACAAAAAACAAAGUGACUGACUGAGGCAGCGGUAGAGCAGCAGCUCCUGUGUUCAGCGAGGUAAAAUUACUGUUUUUGUUAGUGGAGUCUGGCUUUGAAGGGAGCAUAGGUAAGUUUCCCUUGUAGUUCAGUUUUAAAUAGGAAUUUUGUGUUUGGGAAGUACUGAGUGGAUAUAUGACUGGAUAAAUGAGACUUGGAUUAUACUGCACGAGUUAUGCAGGAGUUUGUAACGAGCUGUUUUGGUGUAGUUUUGCUGUUGUUAAAUGCAGUUUACUUCAAUUCAUGAAGAACGCUUGUCUUUUUUUGAUUCUCCAUUCACAGUGGAGGCAUGCCAGAAAAAAGGUUUUCUUCAAAAAUUCAACAAAACAGGGUGAGUAAUUGAAGUACACAUGCUCAUUUUGGAGGUGAAGUAUUCCUUUAACAAACAACUACUUACACAACAAGGAUUCACAGAGCAGCAUUAGCAUCCCAUUAGAGUGGUGUUUGUGUCCACCUGAUGAAUGUAAGUCUAAUCUUCAGUCUUAUUGUCGCUCUGGUUUGGUCCUCACCAAAUGGUUGAUCCAUGAGCAGAAACAGGUUACUACUGCAUCUACUGUGUUAACAUCAAACAUGCUGCUUUACUCAACUGAAAGAAACAUUGCAGUGUGGAUGAAGCCCAACAAAUUGUGUUUAUUUAUUUGCAGUUCUCGUGUUGCUGUAUUCAGAUUCCCUUCAGUAAGUUUCUAUCUAAACAUGGAGGACAUGACGGUUCUACAUCAUGGGAUAGAGACUUUGCACCAGCUGCACCAACAAGGAUUAAACAUAGAUCACGUUCAAUCAAGAUGUAAAGGUGAUUGUUUUUUGUAGUAUUCAUAUUUUAAUCCAUGACUAAAUCAAAUCAAAUUAAAGAUUGGUUUCUUCUUUUCUUUGCUAUGUUUUAAAUUUCACGAGGCUGCAACAAAUGCAUCAAAUGCACAGUGAUUGAUGAUUUAAGAGGAAGGCUCAGUGAUGCUGUGUUUGCACAUCAUACCUCUGUGACUACAAAUCAUGUUUACUUUAUAUUUUCACACACUGUUUUCAAAUGUAUCCUGUACAGUUUUACAUUGUUGGAGUUAUUGGUGCUAUUGUUAAUGGGUUUCCAUUUAAUCCUGUAAAGUAUAAAAAUCAGUUGGAGUUGUGCAGUCCGUCACAGUGAAGAUUAGCUUACAUUACCCUAACAUAGUAAUGCAGUUUAAGCACUGAUUAAUUUGAAAAUCAUUACUGAUUGUGCAACAAUGAAUUGAGACUUGAUGUGGACUGUGAUGGAUUGCAGCACAGAAACAUCUGCCAGUUGAUGUUUAUGUUGUAUAAAAAGGAGUGGGAACUGAUGGAUGCUUGGGGAAAAAAUCAGAAUGAUUAAGACUGACUUGGACUAAUGCAGAACCACUGGUAUGACUCUCAAGUGUCAGUUUGGUGUUUAAUGGCAACGCCUAGCAUGGUAGGUCCACUGCCAUCAUUGUGUGUGAGAGAGUCUGUAAAGAAGAGGAAAUUGUGAAGCACUUUAUCUGCUGUAGUGGAAAAGGCACGCUGACUUUAUUAUCUUUAUCGCCUUAAACUAGGGCUCUGCUGAAUAUCUUGUUUUUGCCUCCGCACUGGCAACAGCUGCAGCCGAAGGCUUCAUGUUUUUGGGUUGUCUGUCUGUCCUAACAUACAUCUGUCCAUCCAUCCUCGGGGGAAUUUCUUCAGCUUUGGCACAAAUGUCCUCUUGGUAUGUACAGCAGGCGUCCCACAUGUGAAGGCAGUGCUCUUGCGCAGCGGCUGCAGAUUCAAUUCCAGCCUGUAGUCCAUUGCUGCAUGACCCUUCACUUUUGGUGGUCAAAAGUCAAGGUCACUGUGACCUUGCACUCAUCUCAUUCUUAUGAACGCAAUAUCUUAAGAACACCUGUAGAGAAUUUUUCAAAAUUUGGCACAAACACCCACUUCAGGGAUGAAUUCACUGAAUUCAAUAUGGCUUCACACAACAUGUUUAUGGCCAUAAUGCAGGAACUCAUACUAAUUAAGACAAAAUUUCACAGUGUCAAAGGUCAACAUCACUGUGACAUCACAAUGUUCUGCAAAAACACUUAGCUGGCAAUUUCUCAGUGUCACAUCUCAGGAACUGAGGGGGGGACAUCUGGUCAGAUUGGUGACACUAAUCUUGGGUGCCCACCUUGAAAACUGUGCUGAAUUCUAGUUUUACAUUCAAAGCUUCUAUUGAGGUUCUUGAAAGAUGCUUCAAAUGUCUGUCGUCACAUUUUAUAACGUCUUCAUCAUUCAAAAAAUUCUCAAAGAAAAACCCCCAGUUUGAAAAAAGUAAUUAAUCCCGUCAAAUAAGUUUGUCCUUUUUUUUUUUUAUCAAAUCAAAUGUCUUUAAUGAAUGACUGUAAUUUAUUGUGCUGUUAGGCUGCACUGUUAAUACAGGUGUGUCCCUCCCUUUGUGUGUGAGUGUUUUGACUGCAGUGAAAGCGUUGUUUUCAAAAGGCUGAACCACAACAAAUGUGGAUUGAAGCAAAAUGUUUUUUUCGAUAAAAACAUCAGUGAAUUUUGGAAAUUGCUAUAUCUGUCCCUUUUCAGUACAUUUUGACUUUUGGACCUGGACAACACUCUGUAGAAUUAGAUUCCAGUGGUGGCUGUGUAGGAUUGUUUCUGACUCAUGAUCCAAACAUUUCCAAUAAUUUCAUCUAGUUCAAUACUUGAUAAUAAUAUUAGUGGUGCCUAAUCUUCAUCUGCAACUGUGUAGAAUUACCAGGUUUAGACAGAUGAAUAGAAAUGCAAAGAAACCCUGAAAAAACAUUUGCAUGUCAACAUUCUAAAUAAAGCUUCGAACUGUUUAGUACAGCCCUACCUGUACCACAUCUGUCCCUGGACGCUACUGUUUAGACAACAAAUACAUGUUUAUGUUCAUGAUUCAAGUCAAGUCCUUUUUAAUUAUGUAGCCCAAUAUCACACAUUUGCUUCAGAGGGCCUUAAAAUCGGUACAGGAAACCGCACCCUCUGUACUUACACCCUCUUGGUAAUAAUAGACAGCCCUGUGAGAUAAGAGAAGUUUGAUGUGGAUUUGAAUGAAAUGCUGUAAAGACUCAUUUUGAUGUAAAUACCAUAAUAACAAAAAUCACCCUCCCUAACGAUAUCAAGAAGGAACUCAGUGUGAUGUAGUGGUUGUUGGUGCAGCCCAUCAUAUGAACACUGUUUUUGCCAGUCAGGUUUAAAGUGAAGUGACCUUACUGCUUCUAUGCACGUCUGCACGUUGGUAGCAGUAAAGCAGGUGAUAGCACGAAGCCUUACAUUUGAUGCAAUACUUUCACAUGUCAGACUUUCUUAAAAAGCCUUAAGACCAAAGUGCAGUUACUGAUGAGUUUUUGUAUAUUGUGUAAUAAGUCUGUUGUUUUUUUGAAUGUAUGAUACAAACUUCCAAUGACUGUCUGUACUGUUUGAGACGAUGCAAUAAACAGAUAGUUGUUCAGA